AUGUCUCCGGGAAGCGCAAAGCAGGAUAAGGGAAAGCAGCCUAACAAGGCUAAAUUUACGCCUGAGAAACUCAACUCUUUCGCACACGCAGAUAUUGAAUACCAUAAGUUGGAGUAUGCCAAGUAUGUCCAAGCAGCGAAGCAUUACCAGGAGGAAUGGAGAUCUAGCAUGAUGGCCGAUCUACCAUUCAGACAAAAGAAUAUCAUCGCAAUGCAGCCAGAACAGCUAUUAGCGCAAAUAUCAUCUCAAGCAUGGAAAAGCUGCGUUCUAAUCAACAACCCAAGAAAUGACUAUUCGGGGAUCAAUAGAUACUUAGAGUGGGCUGGAGUUGGAAGUUGCUUGUUUGCAUAUUAG